AGAAGGCAGAGGCCGAGCAUGGCGCUCUCGAUGCCGGUGAACGGGGUGAAGGAGGAGGGCGACAAGGAGCCGCUCAUCGAGCUCUUCGUCAAGGCUGGCAGCGAUGGAGAAAGCAUAGGAAACUGCCCUUUUUCUCAGAGACUCUUCAUGAUCCUUUGGCUCAAGGGCGUGGUGUUUAGUGUUACGACAGUCGACUUGAAAAGGAAGCCUGCGGAUCUCCAGAACCUGGCUCCAGGGACUCACCCACCCUUUAUCACGUUUAACAGCGAAGUCAGAACAGAUGUGAACAAGAUUGAAGAGUUUCUCGAAGAAGUCCUCUGCCCACCCAAGUAUGCAAAGCUUUCCCCAAAACAUCCGGAAUCGAAUACUGCUGGAAUGGAUAUAUUUGCCAAAUUUUCAGCAUUUAUCAAGAAUUCCAGGCCAGAAGCUAAUGAAGCCUUGGAACGAGGCCUUCUGAAAACUCUGCAGAAGCUGGACGACUACCUGAACACUCCUCUCCCUGACGAGAUUGACGAGAACAGCAUGGAGGACGUCUUGGUUUCCAGCCGCAAGUUUCUCGAUGGCGAUGAGAUGACAUUGGCCGAUUGCAACCUGUUGCCCAAGCUACAUAUUGUCAAAGUUGUGGCCAAAAAGUAUCGCAACUUCGAUAUUCCCAAGUCCAUGACGGGGAUAUGGAGGUACCUGACCAACGCCUACAGCCGCGAUGAGUUCACCAACACUUGUCCUGGAGACAAAGAAAUCGAGAUUGCUUACAGCGACGUAGCUAAGAGACUCACUAAAUAAGCAGCCCUUCAUUCAACCUUCAUAAUGAAAUGCUUCUUUUAACAGACUGCUCUUUUGUUUGUGUCUUUUUAAGAUAGCAAUUUACUUUUGCAUGAACUUGCAGUUAUUCAGUGUUAAAGUUUCAUAGGGCCAGGGGUACAGUGAUCUGUUUAAAACUUGCAAAUUGAAGUUUGGACGUUCUGCCUCCUGUAGCAGUUUGAUU